GCAGUAUUUCUCAAAACUAAAGCUCUUGAAAAUAACAGCUUAUAGAGAGCCGAGAAGGAGCUCAGGGUCCCACAAUCCCAGGUCAAUGUUCACCUUGUACUCGUACAAAUGUACAAUCCUUGUCCUUCUCGUUGGGCUCAUCAAUUUUCACCAAAAACCUUGUCUGGAUUUCAUUUCACUCCUUUUGUGCACAAGGUUUUCAAUGGCAUUGACUCGAUAACACACGUGCCGGACACCAAUUAUGUCGUGCUUUCAGAUUUGAUAAUAACGCAGGAGGAAAAGUAAGCACAACAAGUUCAGAAAAGCAGAGCCUCAAAAAGGAGAGGAGAGGAAGUAAGCGCUGUGCCAGAACAGAAGGUGCCAACCACUUCAGAUUUCCGAAGGAGACCACCAGCUCCAUUUCUGCACAACCAGCGCGUCUACUCCCCUCUCCUUUCCCCCGCGCAUCUGCUCCGUUCUCCGGCGAGGAAUCCGGCGCCGGCGCCGCCUCCGGACAGACUUCCGAUGGCGACGCCACGGAAGCCAAUCAAGCUUACGCUGCCGUCCCAAGAGACCACCAUCGGCAAAUUCUUGACGCAUAGCGGGACGUUCAAGGACGGGGAUCUGCGCGUCAACAAGGACGGCCUCCGCAUCGUCUCGCAGAGCGAGGGAGGCGAGGCUCCUCCUAUAGAGCCACUGGAUAGUCAACUGAGCUUAGAUGAUCUAGACGUUAUAAAAGUGAUCGGGAAAGGUAACAGCGGAAAUGUGCAAUUGGUCCGCCACAAAUUUACUGGCCAGUUUUUUGCUCUGAAGGUUAUUCAACUAAAUAUUGAUGAGAGUAUACGCAAACAGAUUGCCAAGGAGUUGAAAAUAAACUUAUCAACACAGUGCCAAUAUGUUGUUGUGUUCUAUCAGUGCUUUUAUGUCAAUGGCGCCAUUUCAAUUGUUUUGGAGUACAUGGAUGGUGGUUCUCUUGCCGAUUUCCUAAAGACUGUUAAAACCAUUCCAGAGGACCACCUUGCUGCAAUUUGUAAGCAGGUAUUAAAAGGACUGAUACACUUGCAUCAUGAGAGGCACAUUAUACACAGAGAUCUGAAACCAUCAAAUAUAUUGAUAAAUCAUAGGGGUGAAGUAAAAAUAUCGGACUUCGGUGUAAGUGCCAUUAUUUCUAGUUCCUCUGGACGAGAUACAUUUACCGGCACAUACAACUACAUGGCGCCUGAAAGAAUCAGUGGCAAGAAGCAUGGCUACAUGAGUGAUAUCUGGAGUUUGGGGCUAGUGAUUCUGGAAUGUGCAACAGGAAUUUUUCCAUUUCCUCCUCGUGAAAGCUUUUACGAACUUCUUGAAGCUGUUGUUGAACAUCCACCACCAUCUGCACCGUCAGAAGAGUUUUCUCCGCAAUUCUGCUCGUUCAUUUCUUCAUGUAUCCAGAAGGAUGCUAAUGAUAGAAAAUCAGCACAAGUCUUAUUAGAUCAUCCGUUCCUCAGCAUGUACGAUGACCUGCAUGUUGAUCUUGCUUCCUACUUUACUACUGCUGGAUCUCCACUCGCCACCUUCAAUUCCAGGCAACUCUGAAACUGAAAGGGCUCGAUGGCAAAUGGCAGGCAGUUUCUCAUCUGCUGAAAGGACUGGACUGGUAAACCCUUUGGUAGUUUAUCUGUGUAGAGCUGUAGUAGCUUACUGACAUGAAUGUUUCGAGUUUUCCCAUUUUUUCCUCACUUUUUGGACCAGGCUUGGGGCGUGUAAUGAGAUGCAAUGAUCUUGUGUGUGACAAGUGUGUGACAAGUUUGUGAUUGGCGCGUGGCAUCAUAAUACACACAUGCAUGAUAUAUACAUGUAUAGCAUUCUAGGAUCAAUGAGCACUGAAGUUUUGCCUGUCUGUAUAUCAGCAGCACCUUUGGCUCUUGUUUGUUACACAAUGUAUUGCCUUCCUCAUGUACUACAAUGGCCACCUUAAUUAAAACCCUGUAUUGGAUCGACCAUUUUCUCAUUUGGAGCAUGAGAUAAAUCCAAAUGAUCUUUCUA